CAGGAGAAGCUUAGUAAAAGCCCCAACCACUGACUUGCCAGGGGGGCUCGUUGGACCACCCUCCACUGGCCAAGUAAAGAUCAAUGGCAACCCCUGCACUGCUUUGAUGGGCACUGGUUCUCAAGUGACCAUAAUUUUUGACAGCUGGUACAAUAAACACCUGUCUGAUAUCCCACUAAACCCUGUGACUGGUUUAGCCAUCUGGGGCCUGAGUGAAUCAGAGAGCAGUUACCCCUACAAAGGCUACAUUCAAGUUGACUUGGAGCUGCCAAAGAAGGUUAAGUUCAAAAAAGUUAACUCUGUUCCUGUCCUGGCCUUGGUGUGUCCUGAUCCUCGCUGCUCUGAAACAAUUCCUGUCUUGAUAGGCACGAACGUUCGUGGUAUCCAACCUUUCAAGUCAGAGGGAACUGAUGAUGUCAACUCAGCAAAAGUUGAGGUGCAAGAGGACAGCCAUGUGCCUGUUUCAGCGAUGGCGUCCACCGCUAAAGACAAAGACUUCCCAGUAGCUGUCGUUAAGUGGGCUGGGCCAGGUCCUCUCAUCAUUCCUCCUGGCACUGAACAAGUCACCAUUUGUAAAGUUAUACAGAAAAGAGACAUCGGGGACAGCGUUCUCAUCUCUGAACGAGCACACUCAC